AUGGCCGCCAACAGCCCCGACUCUGCCGCGUCCGGCCCGGGCGGAGGAACCACGUCGCCAGAGGAGCAGGUGUUUAUGUUUGCCAAGCGCGGGCUCGUCGACGAUGUCGAGGGCAUUGUGGCAGCGACGGGCGUUGACGCCGUCGCUGCCACCGACGCCCUCGGCAACACCUGCCUGCACUACGCGGCGCAGGGUGGACACACAGCAACGGUCGAGUGGCUGCUGGCUGCCGGAGCCGACCCUAAUGCACCUAACGUGUCGGGUGACUCGCCGCUGCACAAGGCGGCAUGGGGUGGUCAUGCUGCUGCCGCUGCUGUCCUGCUCGCCGCAGGUGCCGACCGCUACCUGGCUAACGCCGACGGCGAGUCGCCGGUCAAGCUCGCUGCCGGCAAGCCGUCGGCCGAUGUGCUGGAGGAGCAGCUAGUGGUGGAAGACGGGGACGACGACGAUGACGAAGCGUACUCGGACUCGGACUGAGCGGUUUAUCCGCCUGGAUGAUCAUCCAUCAUAAACACAGCCGUGCUGGCAGA